AUGACUCAAAGUUUGGAGAUGGUUUACUUGAUGAAUGUAAUUCUCUACUUUGAGAGUACAAAAACUCUUUUUACUUUUGUCCGAGUAUCAAAAAAGUGUUUUGAUGCCACAAAAAGUCUUCGAGUAAAUCCAUGGUUUACUACACCCGAACAUGUUGUAAAAUUCUAUCAAAAAUUUCAGCAAGAUACCAUCAACUGUUGUGGUUUACUUAUUCCACCAACGAUUUUAGUGACAGCAAAAGUUGUAACAAACUUGAAUCCAUCAUCAUUGGCCGAUACUGACAUACCACAAAUAGCUCCACACACAAAGUCGAUAUACAUUCCACUUGACAAUUACACGGGCUUUAAAAAAACCAUUUUCACACUUUUUGUCCAGUCGGUCAACAAAAUGAAUUCGGUGAUUAUGAGUUAUGACAACUUCAAGGCUUUUGUGACUGUUUUCAGAGAAUCAAGUACACCUCUCCAAUUCUUCCCCAAACGAUGUUUAGUGAAUUUGUUGUAUGCGUCACAACACUCUUCACUGAAAGACUUAGUCAAGUUGUUGGAUGGUCUUGAAACGGAGAUUGGAUUUGUAUACCACAAGUCUUCACUACCCGAUAAAAAGAUUGACUUUAAGUACCCAUUUUAUUCAUACAAAAUGUCGUUGAUAAUGUAUCAAAACGGGAUUAUACCAUUACUCCAGCAUGGGUCUUUUGAAAUAGUGUUAUACGAGAAAGACACAAAUGAGACACUUCUCGAUCUGUUAGAUAAAGCUGUUCCGUCAAGUCUGUCUUUAAACUGUAAUGGGAUGUCUUUACAUUCAUUUUUUGAUGGAUUGAAAUUGGGGAAGUACAUCAACAAACUUGCAGUGGUGAUGCACAACAGAACGCUCAACUGUCAAAUUGAAUUUGAAGGACUUAAAGAACUUAAUUUGGAGUGUAGUGGGUGUACUUUGACUCAAUCAAAGUCUUUAGUAAUUCUCAGACUUGACUCAGUGAAGACAAUUAAUGUGUUAAAAGGUGAUUGGUCUUUUUUUAAGAGUCAAAAUGAGAUGGUUCGGAUGUGGGAAAAUUUAAAUACGCAAUUGCCGUUCAUUAAUUUAACAACACUCGAGUUACACGCGGUCAAAACUAUUCGACUGAACAUUCAACAGAAACUUAAACUGUUUUAUAUGACAUAUUGCGAAAACUGUAUUAUCGAAUUUAAUAACGAGUGUUUGAACGAGUUUGUCUUUCAAAACAACAAAGAAAUGAGAAUCACUCUACGUGCAAUGAAAGAGCAGAGACUCUAUUUUUUGAAGUGCGAUAGAAGCACAUUAAGGGUUUUGGGUGAAAAGAGUGUCAAACUGUUUUUCGACACUUGUAUUAAUUUGAGUGUGUUUGGAGUGAAGAUGAGUGAAAUUGUGUUUUUAAGAUGUCGAAGUGUGGACACCGAUUUUGCUCGCUGUGGGAUUAUUGAAGUUGCCGAGUCCGACUUUGGGUACGGGACAAUGGUCUGCGACAAAGCGAUAUUGAACACCAUCGAAACGUAUGUGCCAAUUGAUUUAGACGAGUCUGAGGAAAUUGUGUUGGUAAACCUCAAUAAUUUCAAGUUCGUGAAUUCAAUGAAAAGGUGUCAAAGACUUAUUAUAAACAAUUGUAAAGGCUGUGAACUGUCGCUCUUGAACAACUCAGUACAACAGUUGAUAGUGAAGAACAGUGAUAACGUGCAUAUUGAAGGGGACUUAGACAAUGUUGUUACUUGUAAGACAAGUCGAAACACAAACACCACUAUCGACUUGGAUCCAACCAAAAUUGUUGAACUCGAAAGCGAAGAUUUGGAAACGUUUGAAGAUCUAACAGGAAGUGAAUCACUAUGUUCCAAAAACAAUGUGAAGCUCACAAAAAUGAACGACAAGACGUUGUUUAUACGUGGAGACUAUUACAGAGAACUGACUUUCACCGAAAUGGAAGACUGUGUUUUGAUAUUCAUGUGCCAAGUUGUUUCACUAAAAAUGUGCGACUGUGUUCAUCUCACAUCAAACAACGACUUUUCAGUGGCUUCUAACCCGCUUUUUAUUAGAUGUAAAAAAGUCGAGUUACUUCGUUGUGACAAUUUAAACUUCAAAAUGUUAUCAAACGAGUUAUGUGAAAUAAAGAUGAGAGACUGCACAAAGUGUUCGUUUGUCCUUGCACAAAGUUCACGAGUUUGGUCGAACACACCCACUCCUUACUUAGAAACAAGUCUUGAUAAUUUGGAGGUUUACAACUGUCGAAUGUGUUCAAUAAACCUUAAAACAAAGCGUCUUGUCUUUGACAAUGGUGUUGAUAAACGUAUCGACUAUAUUGGGAAGUGUUUAGAAACAAUGGUAUUAGUGGGUCUAACGAAAGGGAAUCUGUUACUGAAUGCCUCCAUAUCGGAGUUAUUUCUCGAAAAGUGUUUUGACAUUACUUUUAGUGUUAAGUCUGCUCGGCUGAAGAGUGUGACAGCAAAUAUGUGUAAAAGUGUGACAGUAAGUGUAGCAGCAGAAAAUGUUGAAUUUAUACAAAGUGAAUGUGUUGACACCUUAAUUAAGAAAAUACCUCCUGUAGUGCGGCGAACUCCUGUCCAUGUUUACAUGCGACGACGUGAUGUGGAGAAUUAA